UAAAAUAUGAUAAAUGAUAUCUCUUUGUGAAAUAUGUGACAACGAGAAUAAAAUAUAAUAUAUAUGUUUGUCUUCUGGUCCAUUAUCUGCAGUAUGUAAUUUGAAGUGUGACAGAAAAGUAUAUCUAUUAUAGUUAGUAAACCAGUAUUGCCUAAUUUUUUUUAUUUAAGUUUUUGUAACAAAUUAGUGAUCCGGAAAUAUUGAUAAGUUGCUACUUUAUCUGAAUAAAACCAUAUUAACGCUUAUCUAUCCGCGUUGGAACGAAUUUCAGCAGCUCGAGCAUGGCCUUUUAUUCUGGGUCCCUGUUGCUGGACUUGCUAGGUCUUUUGAUUGCGGUGAUAGCAGUGGGCUACGCAUACUUCUCGUGGUCUUACCAGUAUUGGAAAAAGAAGAACAUACCCUAUCUUGAGCCUGUAGCGCCUUGGGGUAACUUUCAAUCCCCAUUUAGUACAAAUAAGUCCUUUGGAGAACAAAUGGUCGAUUUCUACAGGCAAGCAAAACCUAAAGGAUGGAAGUAUUUUGGUAUCUAUGCUUUAACUCAUGGCAACUUGGUAGCAAUAGAUCUGGAUCUGGUAAAACAAGUGAUGACAAAGGAUUUCCAUAACUUUGUGGAAAGAGGGGAUUAUAGUAAUGAAAAAGACGAUCCUAUGAGUGGCCACCUCUUUGCUAUCGGUGGCGUAAAAUGGAGGAACCUGAGGACCAAACUGUCGCCGACAUUCACCUCUGGCAAGUUGAAGAGCAUGUUUAGCACUCUAGUGGACUGCGGUCUGGUUCUAGAAAAGUAUGUUGAAGGUCACAUCGACAACGAGCAAGGAGCCGACAUAAAGGAAAUUUUAGGCAAAUUUUCGACCGACAUCAUCGGUUCCUGCGCCUUCGGCUUGGAAUGCAACAGCUUCAAGGAUGCAAAUUCGCCCUUCAGGGAACACAGCCGGAGACUAUUCAAGAGUUCCACCCGCCAAAUUGUCGUAUUUACUUUUGCCAAUAGUUUUCCAAAUAUUGCCAGAAAGCUCGGAAUAAUCAUAUUUCCAAGAGAAGUUACUAGUUUCUUCAGGAAGGUGGUUGAAGAGACCAUUACUUACAGACAGAAAAACAAUCUCAUCAGGAACGACUUCUUGCAGCUGCUCAUCGGUAUUAUGGAGAAUAAUAUAGCUGAGGAGGAAGGGAACAAAGGUGAUGGGCGAACUUUGACUAUGGACGAGGCUGCAGCUCAGUGUUUCGUCUUCUUCUUAGCCGGCUUCGAGACCAGUUCCACCACCAUGACCUUCGCUCUCUACGAGUUGGCUCAGCAUCAGGACAUCCAAGACAGAGUCAGAGAAGAAAUCAAGACGGUUCUGGCCAAACACGACAACAAGAUGACUUACGACUCCCUGAGCGAACUGAAAUAUCUCAAGCAAGUCAUUGACGAAACUCUAAGGCUCUAUUCACCACUUCCAUUCGUAACUAGAAUGUCUGCCGAAGACUAUAAAAUUCCCGGCGAAGAUGUAGUCAUAGAAAAAGGCACCAAAGUCUUCAUACCUAUUCAGGCUAUACAUACGGACGAGGAAUACUACGAAAAUCCACUAGUUUUCGACCCCGAGAGAUUCAGCGAAGAAAACAAAGCAGGACGACACCCUUACGCCCACAUACCAUUUGGUGAAGGUCCUAGAAUUUGCAUAGGAGAAAGAUUCGGCGUGAUGCAGACUAAGGUUGGAUUAACAAGCAUCCUAAGGAAAUUCAGGGUUACUUUGAACAAGAAGACUAGAGUCCCCAUAAAACUGUCUACAAAGUCUUUUAUCCCUACGGCUGAAGAUGGCAUUUGGAUUAACUUUGAAAAGUUGUGAAGAAAAAAUGAAAUGCUCUGGUUUUAUACUCGGAUUAUUAUUCUUCUUAGCUGUUACACAUAGCCAUUGUUUAGUCUACCUAGGUACAUAGUUUACGGUAAAAUCCUGCUAUUGUAAUUAUAAGUAUGUAGGAAAUAUUAGAACAGAUACAGUCUGUUAAAAAUAUGCAACAUUAAAAGGACUGUUUGCGUAUUA